CCAUUUCAAUGACGAGCACAACACCACCCCCUCCACCUUUUCAUGAAUCCAAGAAGGUUGUAGUUGCUGGUUCGGCGAGCUCAGGCAAGAGCUCCCUCGUUCAACGGGCAGUCACAAAUACAUUCACAUCAGAUUAUCUGCAAACAUUUGGAGCCGAUUUAUGCGUCAAGAACAGCAGCGAAAAGACGAAAUAUGCGCUGAACAUAUGGACCUGUGGUGGGCACGAGCGAUACCGCGCUCUCUUGGAACAAUUUUUUGUGGGUGCUGAUGUCGUCAUCCUGUGCUUCGACAUGUUGAGCACCAGUUCUUUUCAAGAGUUGCCGUAUUGGUUUAAUGAAUACAAAAGAAACGCGCCAGACGCACUGGCAAUCAUGGUGGGUACAAAGUCCGACGAUGCGGAUAGCAUCAAAAUCAAGCCGCAGGACGCUCUAAAACAGGCGAAAGAAUGGGGAAUAGAGUUUCGGGCAGUUUCUUCAAAGACAGGAAUGAAUAUUGGGGAGCUUUUCGAUCAUGUUGUAGCAAGCCUGUAAUAGAGGGAUGCCUAGUAUUUUGCGUUUCCGUUUAUAUCGUACAAACUACUUUAGCCA